CUCUCUCUUUUUUAUUUAUUUAUAAACCAUGUCCUUUUUUAAUAACUUGGUUGGUUCACUCAACUCAGUCGUCGAUUCUGUUGUAGACGAUUUUCCUGUUAUUCAAGCCAACCGUAAGCACUUUCGGAUCACCAAAAUAUUAGGAGAAGGUGGAUUUUCUUUUGUUUAUUUAGCAGAAGAUGAUAAUAAACAGCUUUACGCUGUUAAGGCCAUUCGUUGUAAAGAAAAACAAGUGGCUAAAAACGCAAUUAAAGAAGCACUUGUGACAGAUCGAUUUCAACAUGAAAAUAUUAUCAAGAUUGUGGAUAUGUGCAUGAUCAAAGAGGAAGAUGGUAGCAAGACAGCGUAUAUUAUCAUGCCAUUUUAUAAGAGGGGAAACAUACAAGAUUGGAUUGAAAGAAACCACCAGACAGGCAAACGUAUUCCAGAAAAACAAUUAUUGAACUUGUUUAAAAGCAUUUGUAGCAGUGUUCAAGUUCUUGUUCAUUAUCGAAACAAACUUGGACAGAACAUUCCUUAUGCACAUCGAGACAUAAAACCAGCUAAUGUGUUGAUUUCAGACAAUGGGCAGCCUAUUUUGAUGGAUUUUGGGUCUUGCAGACCAGCUCGGAUCCAUAUUGACGAUAGAAAAUCAGCUACACAGCAACAAGAUGAUGCAGCAGAACAUUGCUCUAUGCCGUAUCGAGCACCCGAGCUAUUUGAUGUUAAACCGGGUACAAUGCUAGAUGAAAAAGUAGAUGUUUGGUCCUUGGGAUGUACUUUGUUUGCCAUGGCUUAUGGUGCUUCUCCCUUUGAGAUGACAGUUGCUCAACAAGGUGGUACUAUGACACUGGCUGUUCUUAACCGGCAAUUUUAUUUUCCCAAGGACACUAUGUAUUCUAAACAACUAGAAGCAUUCAUUGACUGGAUGCUGACAACAGAUCCUCAUACUCGACCUAGUAUUGAUCAAGUCAUCCAUAAACUAGAAUAAAAAAUAAUUCAUGUUACACUAAGCAAAACUUUCUGUUUAUCGGCCUGAUCCGAAUUCUCCAGUCGUGGGGAAGAGAAACCGAAUUCCUGAAGUUUUAGAUUCAUAACAUUUUAUGACAAACUUGACGCAUUGAAUCUGAUUGGCAUACAUGAUCUUGUGUUACAU